GUCACCCUUAUCAGUCAGCGUUUGAUAUUGCCGUCUUCACAUUCUUAGUACCAAAUACUGCUAUAACAUGGGCGUUAAGGACGAUUUUUCAGGGUCGAGUAUCUUGGGUAAAGUUAACUUAAUAGUGCUUCUGGUUGCAAACUUCUGUAACUGGAUAGCAUUUUGUACAGCAGAAUGGGGUAAAAAUUAUGCCUCUGUAAACGAUUACAACCUUAAUAUAUUUAAUGGAUGGGGUUUAUGGAGAAUUUGUGGAAAUACUCUUAGUAAUGCAGGCUGUAAUCAACUUGAUGGAUGGGCUCUUGAUUGGUAUGGUGCUGUUCAAGCAUUUGCUAUAUUUGCAUUUGUAGGAAUCAAUGUUGCUUUUCUCUUGGUUGUUCUAAUGAUGUUUACGUCAAAAUGCAAGGGAAAUGGUGAUGCUGGAAUGGCCUCUGCCAUCCUCUGCCUUGUUGCGGCUGUGUGUUACCUCAUAGCUGUCAUCAUCUUUGCUUACUACUUUUCGGUCGUUUAUACUGUAUUUACUAUAAACCUACGGCCUGUUGGAUACUCACUUAUUCUGGCUAUCAUUGCUUUGAUACUGGCAUUUGUCAGUGGAAUCCUUAUUAUAGUGGAUUUAAAGAAAGGAGGCUCGACAUCACCAGCAUGAACUAUUUCUUGACAACAACAACACAUUAAACUAAAUAACUAGAAAAUUUAAAAUUAAAAAAAUAUGUAUUCAAAAACUAUUGUACAUAAAUGUUACGAAACCCCACGUCCUUGAUUUUGAAUAGGGGUCAAUCUUUAAAGAACUUUGAAUCGUUUUGAUUUGAUAAAUUCAAAGUGUAGAGUGUUAUGCUUUUAAAGUGGGGUGAGGAGCAAGGUGGUAUCUUUAGUCUUAAGCCGGGACUGAGAUGAUAAGGAAUUUUAUUUGAAUAGUUAAAUAAUCGACGUCAAAAACGAAAC